AUGAUUCCUUACUAUUAUUUGUCUGAGCUUGUGGAUCGGGCUACUGGCGAACCGACCCGUAUCUUGGCGGGGCGACCCGGACGGCGUCUGGUAAUCAGAUGCAACCGGUGGAUCCGCAGCCAUGGCGUGGUUGAUGCCUCCUUUGCCUGGUCGUCACCAUUAGAUCUGAGCCUCCAAUUGUUUGAUUGUGGGAUGUUUACAAUCAAGUGUAUAGAAUUUUUGCAUGCUCGGAAGAAUGUUGAAGGCGUAGAUCAAUCUCGGAUUAGCUGUGAUGAUGAGAGUCACUGUAUGAGUUGGGUCGGGCGUAGAGACGGAUCCGACCCGUAUCUUGGCGGGGCAUGCCCGAUUCGGAUGGGUUUUGCAGCCAUGGCGAUAUCUAGGGAUAAUGAAUAUGUCACAUGCCAUUACAACACACUCCAACAAAGGGAAAGAAAAGACAUUGAAUAUUGA